AUGCGAAUCAAAACCAGUCCAACACUAUAACUAAAUGUCCACUUAAUACAGUUCUACUUGUUUUUAGCUCAAAGCUCAAGAAAAACAGAAAAGUUUAACUAAUUAAACAGCCUCUGUUAGCGAGAUCCCAUUCUUUCAUUCAUUUUAAUAUUUUGUAUGACCGUUUUUAUUUUUGAUGACAGGUUCGUUCUUCACAGAUGCUGGAGGGGUUUUGUUUCUCUGCUUUAAAAUAUUUCCUGUUGGAAUCGAGUCUGAUCAGAUCAUAGUUUUCACUGUUUCCUUCUUUUUUUUCUAUCGAGCUUCUCUGUGAAUCUUCUUGUCUUUCAGUAUUUGGGUUCAUUGUGCUAUCUAUAAAUGUCAUCUCCUCCUAUCAGCACACACCCACCUCCAUGCGUCACAGUCAGGAGUCCUGGGCGGGUCCAUGUCAAAAAAUCCGGGACAAACAAAUGUGUCCCGGUGUCAAAGAACGAGCUGCUGACAUUCACCAGGCUGCUUUUCCUGUUCUGUGCUCAAGUUUAGUCCUGCACUUCUCUGAGCAGUGUGUGGUCUUCUUCCUGGAUUCAUUUGGACCUAAUGUAAGAGGGAGCACUGCGGUUUCAGGUGUGACUGGGUGGUGUAUGGCUGACAAAGCUCACACAACAGGUAGAUGAUGGUGUGUGUGUUGGUGCCUCUCUUCCUGAUUGGGACGUUCAGCUCGGUGUCCUCUGCAGCAGGGUGGGAACCAGCCUCUCUGUGCCCACAUCAGUGGCUCCUGUUUGGGCAGAGAUGCUUUGCUUUCUACCCUGUGUGGAGCUCGUGGAGCAAUGCUAAAUCUUUGUGCUCUCAGACAGGUAGUGACCUUGUGGCGCUUCACACACCUGAGGAGAGACAUUUUGUGCGUCAGAUAACAAACACACACGUUCCCGUGUGGCUGGGUGGACACCAGGCAGAGCAGAAUGGCUCUUGGUUUUGGAGCGACAGCUCCCCCUUCAGGAUCAGCGGCUGGACCGAUCAGAAGAGGGGGGAGACCACAGAGGGCGGUGUUUGCAUGGAAAUGGAACCAAUAAGUGGACGGCUGACCAGCGCCCCCUGUGGAGAGCUCAGAUUCUACAUCUGCUCCAUCAAAGCCGGCUCCAGUUCCACCGUCUGUCCCAGCAGCAGGAAACAGGCUGAGCCAGACAUCGUCCCCGGUGUGAGCUUGUUUGAUAUUGUGUGGAGUUACAGCGACUUGCUGGCAGAGGAGGUCCUCCACUCGUCCUCCUUCCUCAGAGAUCUACGCUCCGGUCAGCUGACGGAGCGCUGCUACACCAGCUUCAUCCAGCAGGAGGCGCUCUAUCUGCACAGAGUCAGCAGCACACUGGAGGCGCUGAUUAGUCGUCCACAGGAAGCAGAUGACAUGAGAUCACUGCUGCUGGACACAUUUAAACAGUACAGCAGCAGAAACCAGAGCCUCCCCCCUGCACUCCCCCCACAGUGGCUCCACUUGUCCCUCCAGUCCUUCCACUCGGUGGUUUUGGAGGAACCGAUCUAUUGGCUGGUGGCUCUGUCGGCCCGGGCCCGCCUCCGUAACUUCUUGGCCCAGGAGCUGCUCCUCUACGAGCUCAGGCCCGAGGCCCAGUCGGUGUCCGGGUCUACGGCUGACUCCUUCUACCAGGAGUGGACCAAAGACAGUGUGAAGGAGGUGGCCUGGACCCACAGGUUCAGAAGGAUGAUGGAGGAAUACCAGAACAAGAUGGACGUGUUUAAAGCCAUCAACAUCUUCAGAGAGCACAUGAUCAACCAGAAGCGUUUCUACAGGGCCGUAGACUGUGAUGCUGAAGAUGACCGGUGAUGAAGAGGAGGAGAGCAGGGCGGGGCAACUGCUCUUCUCUGGACUGAAGCAACAGUUUCUUGUAACAAAGACUGAAACUCUCCAUCAGGACCGAGGGAAAAAACUCCAAACCCCCUCGAGUUUGCUUGUAGAGACAGCAGUGAAUGCAACACAGGCCUCACCAUGAUGCAUUUCACAGUAAACAGUACCUUCUUGUGUUAUCGCUAAACGUGAUAAUGUGUGUUAAUAAUGAGUAAGACUGAAUCCUCUUUCCUGUGGAGCUGAGUGGGCGUUUCUUCUUUCUGUCACAGUCAAGUAAAAAACUCAAACAGUGAAAGAAACUAAACGUAAGUGAGACGUUUUAUUUGUUGUUUUCUGUUUCGUUCACACACAGUUUGUAAUGAGCGAGUGACAAACAUCAAAAACAGCUCUCUGUCUCCCCCCACAGGCUGAAUCAGGACACUGCGCAUAAUAAUAAACACGAUUACAACUGCAAAAUGCUCCUGUAGCAUCUGACCCAGUACUCCCAAAACUACUGUCACUGAUGUUACACUCUACUAUUACCACCACUCCUUAAACUUCUACUGCUACUACCAAUACUCUCAGUACUUCUGUUAUAACAACCUGUACUCUUACAGAUACUAUUAUUACUGCUAAGCUUGGAGUACUUUAAUCUACAAACCUCAGGUACUUUAUAAUUCAGUAACAGUUUAUAUACGCUGAGCUGAAUCAACUGACAGAAAUUAAUCGAUUGAAAUGAAUAAAUGAAUUAUUUUUGACACA